UCUUGUCAAUGCAUAUAAGUUUAAAGAUUACUGUUUUCUUCUCUGGAAACCAUCACUCACUAAACAAACAAUCCUUCACCACUCCCGCUUCCCCAACACUUUGAACACAGCAGCAUCAAUUCCAUUUUCUUCCAUGAGAGAUGAUGAUGUCUCUCUACAGCACCAAACUCCCACACCAACUCAACCAAGCCAGGACCUUCAUAGCUGCCAGGAUCAAAUGGGCCUGUGACCCUUACCUAGACACAGCUGUUUCCAAAGAAAAAGACUUGAAACAAGUCAUUUCUAUCAAGAACCAACUAAUUUCCUCUCCCUCCAAAUCCCUCCCUCUUUCCUCUCUUUCCCUUCUAAAACCCUACUUCAACAUCUCCACUACAGCCCUCAAUUUCUUCCAUAAGUACUCCACAGUUUUCUCUCAAUUCCAGCCCUCCCCUUCCCUGCCCUUCCACAUCAAACUCACCCCUCAAGCUAUCUCACUUCACAAGGAGGAGCAACUCAUUCUAAAGUCACAACCUUUACGUGAUGACACCAUAAAAAGGUUAGCUAAACUCUUAAUGCUUUCCGGGGCAAAAAGAUUGCCUUUGCAUAUUGUUGAUAGGUUCAAGUAUGAUUUGGGUUUGCCUCAUGAUUAUAUUACUGCCCUUUUAUCAGAUUAUCCUGAAUAUUUCAAUGUCUGCGAGGAUAAAGAUUGUUUAACUAAUAAAGACACGUUCUUUUUAGAGCUGGUUUCUUGGAAAGAUGAGUUAGCUGUGUCUGAAAUGGAGAAAAGAGUGUCACUUGAGGAUUUGAGGAAUGUUAAGAGAGGGGAGAGAAUUGGGUUUCCUUUAAAUUUCCCAAAUGGGUUUGAUUUAAAGAAGAAAGUGAGAGAUUGGGUUUUCGAAUGGCAAGGUUUGCCAUACAUAUCGCCCUAUGAAAAUGCUUUUCAUUUGAAUCCCAAUGGGGAUCAAGCUGAGAAGUGGACUGUCACGGUUUUACAUGAGUUGUUGUGGUUGUUAGUGUCAAAGAAGACGGAGAAAGAGAAUGUGCUUCAAUUGGGGGAUUAUUUGGGGUUUGGGAACAGGUUUAAUAAGGCUUUGGUGCAUCAUCCAGGGAUUUUUUAUGUUUCCAAUAAGAUUAGGACACAGACUGUGGUGCUUAGAGAGGCUUAUAGGAAGGGCUUCUUAAUGCAUAAGCAUCUUCUAAUGGGAAUGAGGUUUAGGUAUAUUCGUCUUAUGAGUAAAGCUAAGAAGAAGAGAAGAAAAUCAGUUGGUGGUGUUUCACAUUCUCAAUUGCAAAGGCAGGUUUCAUCUACCAAAAAAGGGAUAGAAAGAAAAGCUAAAUAUAAAAGCAGGGAGGAAGAAGAAGAGAGAUCAAAUGACUCUUUAGAAUCUGAAUUUGAGGAUGUGGGGUCUUCAGACUCCAACCUUGAGGAUGCGAAUAGUGAUGGGACGAUGAAGAUGAAGAUGUGAAUUGGUGCAAUGAGAAUUGGUGUCUCACAAACAAGGAAGCAAGAGCUCGCCAUCAAGAUAUUGAAAUGAUUCCUUGAAAGUGCCUUGUCGAUUGCUACAUUUGUUGGAGAAAAUUCUAGGAAACAAGAAUCUGGCAAGGGCAUUGUCCAAUAAGGCAAAACCUUUGGACCUGAUAACAAUAGGAAGAUUAUUGGUGAUAUCAGUGGUUGGAAUCUGGUCGGUUGCUUACAGCUUAUUGGGGGUUGGUUCCCUUCUUGUGUUUCUAAUUGUUUUGAUUUUGCUCAUAUAUGCAACAGCACUACCUUGUAAAUAUUUUUCUGUUUUA